AUGUCAGCCAUCGAUGAGAAGCCCCAGGCGGAGAUCGACCGUGUCGAGACGUCAUCGGGCGACAAUGGAAAGGGCGGUAUCGAGUAUGAACGAGCCCAGCUGCUCGCGAACCUUCCUGAUCCGGACGCGGGCAAGUCGGAGGAGGAGCGCCGCGCAAUUGACAAGAAGCUCAUGUGGAAAGUUGACCGAUGGCUGAUCCCUUGGCUGUCUCUGCUUUACCUUCUCUCGUUCCUCGACCGUACCAACAUUGGCAAUGCGCGUCUCGCCGGAAUGGAACCCGAUCUCGGCAUGGAAAAGGGUGACUAUCAACUGUCCCUGACAAUCUUCUUCAUCAGCUACGCCCUUGCUGAACCCCUGACCAACGCCCUCCUGAAGCGCCUCACACCCCGAAUCUUCUUCACCGGCAUCAUCCUCAGCUGGGGUGUCAUCAUGACCCUCAUGGGUCUCGUCAAGAACUUCCAGGCCUGCUGGCCGCUCGUUUCUUUCCUCGACGCCAGCUUCCUCACUCCUGACGAGCGCAUCCGCGUUCAGCGCCGCAUCAUCAUGGACCGCCAGGGUCGCACGGCCGAAGACUUUGACAAGCGCCACAUCUACGCUGCCCUGGGCGACUGGAAGACAUACGGCUGGAUGGUCAUCUACAUGGGCUGCCUGACGCCUCUGUACGCCUUCUCGCUCUUCCUUCCCACCAUUCUCCGUGGUAUGGGUCACACCGGCACUCGCGCUCAGCUCCUGUCUGUGCCUCCUUACGCCGUUGCUGCCUGCUGCACCGUGGCCGUUGGCUUCUUUGCUGACCCGCACGCGCUGGCGUGGAUACUGCAACAUGACCCGCAGGUUCAGUACGCCGGCACCUUCCUCGGCGCCGCAGGCAUCUACCCCACCAUCUCCAACACACUGUCGUGGGUUAUCAACAAUACCGAAGGUUCACUCAAGCGCGCUUUUGUCCUUGGCAUGGUCGUCGGCUGGGGAAAUCUCAAUGGUGUUGUCUCUUCUAAUAUCUAUCUUGACCGCGAGAACCCUCGCUUCUGGACUGGUCACGGCGUCGUUCUGGGUUACCAGGUCCUCUUCCUGUUGGGCGGAUCUGUGUUCAUGCACAUUGCCCUCAGAAUAUCAAACCGCAACCGCCGGGCUGGCAAGAUGGAUGCCAAGUGGGCAACGCUCACGGAGGAACAAAGAUGGAUUAGCGGCGACAAGAGGCCCGACUUUAUUUACACUCUCAUCCUAGGCAUCAGGGUUGUAGGAGAGCCGCACACGCAUUUCGUCAUCAGUAUCGCGAUGGCGUGCGAGCUUCAUUGUACCACCAAAACAUUCCUUCGCGACACCCACCUCCAAACACGUGCUCGGAUCGCCAUGGUGCCAUCAAACGCCAUCACCAUGGAGUCUCAGAUGUCAGCUGCGCUUAUCAAGCACUCAUCGCGCCCCAUGAUUUCUAUCUUGCGAUGUCUCCCACAACUAUGA